UUUUCAAUUCAUUUAUCUGCAGGAAUGAUUGCCGCUAUCAGUCUCGCGUUCACCGCCCGGCUGAGGAGGUGAAAGUUUCUCCCCAGGAAGAUAAACCGCAAAAGACAAUAUUGUGCAUGAUUUGCGCCUUUUUUUGCAAAGCGAAAAAAAAAAAGCCCCCCCCCAAAAAAAUCGGGGAGAGUGUGGGGAAGCUCGAAGAGGAGAGAGAAACAAUCUCUCGGCCACUUUGCAACAUUCCUAUAGCCAAAAAAAUCACUGAAGGAAGUUUCUUUUUUGUUUUGUUUUUUUGCUGCCCGUGUUGAUCUCUCUCCGUUAUUGUUAUUUGCAGCCAGUUUAUUUUUGAGCCCACCCAACCCCCCCCCCCCACUUAAGCCUCCCUGAAAAGUCAAAGCAGAGAGACAGUGAAUAUUUUUGGGGCACAUUUUUAUUAUUAUUAUCUGCAACUGCGAAGAUCUCUUCCCCCCGUCCGCACCAGCCUCUUCCUUUUUUUUUUUUUUCUCCCCUUCUCCUUCCUUCUCCCCCCCCUUUUUUUUUUUCCUUCCCCCCGCGCUGAUGCCGAAGGGGGUGUUUUUGAUGUGGUUGCUUUGGUGGUGAUCGUCGCUGACUUUCCAGAGAGGGUGUUUUCGCCGCCGCCGCCGCCGCUGCUGCCGCCGCUGCUGCUCUCCGCGUUGUGUGUGUGCGCGCGUGCUUUUUUUUUGGUUGCUGCAUCGACGCUGGGAAGAUGCUUCUGGAUGCUGGACCGCAGUAUCCCGCCAUAGGAGUCACUACCUUCGGAUCCUCUCGCCACCACUCCACGGCCGAUGUCACGGACAGAGAAGUGGGGCUGGGGAUCAACCCCUUCGCCGACGGCAUGGGCGCCUUCAAGAUCAACCCCAGCACCCACGAGCUGGCCUCGGCCGGCCAGACCGCCUUCACCUCGCAGGCGCCCGGCUACGCGGCGGCGGCCCUGGGCCACCACCACCACCCGACCCAUGUCAGCUCCUACUCCAGCGCCGCCUUCAACUCCACCCGGGACUUUCUGUUCCGCAACCGCGGCUUCGGGGAGGCGGCGGCCGCCAGCGCCCAGCACAGCCUCUUCGCCUCCGCCGCCGGCAGCUUCGCCGGCCCCCACGGACACACCGAUGCGGCGGGACACAUACUUUUCCCGGGGCUGCACGAGCAAGCCACCAGCCACGCGUCGCCUAACGUAGUGAACGGGCAGAUGCGCCUGGGCUUCUCCGGAGACAUGUACGGCAGACCCGACCAGUACGGCCAGGUCACCAGCCCCCGCUCCGAGCACUACGCCUCGACCCAGCUGCACGGCUACGGCCACAUGAACAUGAACAUGGCAGCCCACCACGGGGCAGGGGCCUUCUUUCGUUACAUGCGGCAGCCCAUCAAACAGGAACUCAUCUGUAAGUGGAUUGAGCCCGAGCAAUUGUCAAACCCCAAAAAGUCCUGCAACAAAACUUUCAGCACGAUGCACGAGCUGGUGACUCAUGUCACGGUGGAGCACGUUGGAGGACCCGAGCAGUCCAAUCACAUAUGUUUCUGGGAAGAGUGUCCGAGAGAAGGGAAACCUUUCAAGGCCAAAUACAAACUUGUAAAUCACAUCAGAGUCCACACAGGUGAAAAACCUUUCCCCUGCCCUUUCCCAGGCUGUGGCAAAGUGUUUGCCAGAUCAGAGAAUCUCAAAAUACACAAAAGAACUCAUACAGGUGAAAAACCAUUUAAGUGUGAAUUCGAGGGCUGUGACAGGCGCUUUGCAAACAGCAGCGACCGCAAAAAGCACAUGCAUGUGCACACUUCCGACAAGCCCUAUCUCUGCAAAAUGUGUGACAAGUCCUACACGCACCCCAGCUCCCUCAGAAAGCACAUGAAGGUCCACGAAUCAUCCUCGCAGGGGUCCCAGCCUUCUCCUGCCGCCAGCUCAGGCUACGAGUCCUCCACCCCUCCAACCAUCGUGUCUCCGUCCACAGAAAACCAGACCGCCAGCUCCUUAUCCCCUUCCUCCUCCGCAGUCCACCACACGUCCAGCCACAGCACGCUUACAUCAAAUUUUAACGAAUGGUACGUCUAAAACGCUAAAACAAAACGACAGAAAAACCCAAACCGAAACAAAACAAAAAAGCCCCAAGCGAGCAAACAAAUACCCUAUUUAAAGACUCCAAAAAUAAUGAACACUUUGAAAUCAGAAUUUAAAUGAGCAAACAAAAGUAAAAUGCUGCCAGUAGACCCAGGACUGAGUAAAAUGAAGACUUCAUUUUUUUAAAUGGCUUUUUUUUCUUCCUUUCUUUCCUUUUUUCCUUUUAUUUCUCUCUUUUUUCUUUUUCUUUCUUUUCUUUUCUUUUUUUUUUUUUUUUUUUUGGACUGUUCUGCUCUGCUCUGUUCCAAGGCUUGGUAGGCGAAGGGGUUAGUAGAAUGCGUAAGAAGACAAGGUUACCAGGGCAAAUGCCAACUGUGUAGGGCUUUACUGGAAACCACUGAUUAGAGAUCUCCAACUGCAUGUCUGCUCGGGCAGCGGCCUUCCCCCCCCAUCCCCCCUUGUAAAUACAGAAUUAUUAGCUUCAAAAACAAAACAACAAAAAAAUGUACUGUUUGAUUUUGUAAAUAGUUAUAUCGCAAGUUGAAUAAGGGGAUAUGUGGAUUUGUGGUCUUUGCAUAUAUG